GAUCUCCACAAAAGCAUCCUUCCAGUGACGGCAAUGUCAAUUUUAACAGCAGCGUUAAUCCUGAUUCUCCUAGCUUCCCAUUUUCCACCGGUUUUAGAAUCAGAAGCUUGGGCACUUCUCUCAUCACUCGUACUAACAGCUGGAGUCACUGCAGCGAUGCUAUUAUUGGCAGGACGUCAUGCACCUCUGCCUCUUUUUGCUCUACUGAUUGCUAUCCACACGAUGUUGCCGCUCUCGAGAGCAGUGGCUAUGGCAUUGGCAACAAUUGUUACUGUUGCACAUCUUGCUACUUCUAUAGCCUACCGAAUUAAUGAUGGAGUAAUAACUAAUUACAUACAGUUAAUACCCGAAACAGUGAUGUUGAUCUCAGCAAGUUGUACGGGGUUGUACUACAGGCAUAUGACGGAGGAAGCCCAUAGAAGGACUUUUGUAGGAACGAGAACUUGUAUUGAAUCUCGCGUAAAAUUGGAAUGCGAAAAAGAACAACAGGAACAACUAUUAUUGAGCGUUAUUCCAGCGUACAUAGCAGCAGAGGUAAAACGCAGUAUAAUGCUGAAAAUGGCCGAUGCCUGCCAAGAACAUUCCAAUCGAAGUUUUCACGAAAUGUACGUGCAGCGUCACAAUAACGUUUCGAUCCUCUACGCAGACAUCGUGAAUUUUACUCCUUUGUCGGAACAAUUAUCAGCUUCAGAUUUGGUUAAAACUCUCAACGAACUUUUCGGGAGGUUUGAUCAAAUUGCGCAGGAUAACCAGUGCAUGAGAAUUAAAAUUCUAGGAGAUUGCUAUUACUGCGUUUCAGGAUUGCCAGUUUCAAGACCGAACCAUGCAUAUAAUUGCGUCAAUAUGGGUUUGCAAAUGAUAGAAGCAAUAAGAUUCGUUAGAGAAGCAACUGGUUUCAAUGUAGAUAUGCGAAUCGGAAUACACACGGGGAAUGUGCUGUGCGGCGUGCUGGGGCUCAGGAAGUGGCAGUUCGACGUCUGGAGUGACGACGUUACCUUGGCUAACCACAUGGAGUCCGGAGGGAUUGCAGGCCGUGUCCAUAUCACACGAGCCACGCUUAAUCAACUGGGCGAUAAAUUCCAAGUCGAAAAUGGCGAAGGUGCAAGCAGGGAAAAUUAUCUGUCAGAUCAUAAAAUAGAAACGUUCCUUAUAGUACCACCAAAGAAAGCAGAAACCGAAGCUCAAAAUGGUAACCUUAAGCCACGUUUAUCCAAUGUGUCAGAAAGAGCGAACAGCAUUUGCGACGGCAACUUAGGAUUGUCAGUUCCUCAUACAAGGACUAGGCCAUCAAGUAAAAUGACCAAAUACGUGGAAUGUUGGGGUGCUGACAAACCUUUCGCAAACAUCGCAGAAUCUACUCUGGCAAAAAAUAUUGAAUUAACGACUUUGGCAAUGAUCGAAUCCAACCUGCUGCCGAACCGCACGACGUGUCUAGAAUGCAAGAAAUGGUGGAGUAGCGAAGAACUACAUCCCGCGCUGUUGUGGUUCAGGAACAGAAAACAAGAGCAGGAAUAUCGUGGCCAACCCGAUUCAGAAUUCCGCUGUUACGUCACCUGCGCUUCGUUUUUGUUUCUGGCGAUGUGUAUUAUGCAGAUUACGACGAUUCCCAGAGGUAUUGUUCUAUUUGGAACACUUGGACCUACGCUGGUGGUUCUUUUGAUAUUCGUCUACUUAUGCUGGUUGGAUGGAUGCUGUGGUCCUCGGCCACCUUCAGAUACACCCAUAGAUGAACCGGGGGCAUGCUCGCCUCCUGGGCAGAUUGUAGCCGAAAGUCGAUGUCUUAGGCUUUCGAUUUUCUUGGUAUCGGUUACUUUAAUAUCGGCAUGCGCCGUGUUGAAUUUGGUUGAUUACAAUCCAGAGAUACCGAUUCCUGUUCCACUAUCGACAACAGAAAUACCAGAAGUGGAUGAAGGUAAUUCCACCCAAACGUGGAAUUUUACGUCAAUCAUACCAACAACCGCAGAAGACAUUCCAGAUAUAAUUGUGGUGCAAUACGUGCCAACGUACCUUUACAGUUCGGCACUGGUUUUAGCAGCGAUAUCGGUUUUCCUUAGAAUGGGAUUUUUGCUGAAACUCGUACUAAUGGUGUUGUCAGUUGUAGUACAUAUUUUGAUAUAUAGUUAUUUGGAAUUUUUUCAAGAAUAUCAUGAUGUCCACGAUGAUGAAUUUCCAGCAAUACCAUUCGAAAUAAAGACAGCACUAGCCCUAUCACUAGUUGUAAUAUUUUUCCACAUAUUGGAUAGACAAAUUGAAUUCACUGCCAGAACAGAUUAUCUGUGGAAAGCUAAAUUGAAGGUAGAACAGGAUGAGGUAGAAACAAUGCGGGGAAUUAAUAAGAUUCUGCUUGAAAAUAUCCUUCCCGCUCACGUAGCCGAGCAUUUCUUGAAUACCAGGAUAACUGAAGAUCUCUACCACGAAAGGUAUUCCUGCGUCGCUGUUAUGUUCGCAUCUAUCCCCAAUUACAAGGAAUUCUAUGAUGAAAGCGAUGUGAAUAAACAAGGGCUCGAGUGUUUGCGGCUACUUAACGAAAUAAUUUGUGAAUUUGAUAAGUUGCUGCUAAAACCAAAAUUCAGUUGUAUAGAGAAAAUUAAAACUAUAGGUAGUACGUAUAUGCUGGCCUCAGGAUUAAGGCCUGGAAAAGAAGACAGCAAAGAGGCCAGUAGAAAAGAAGAGCACAUAAUUACCGCUUUGGUUGAUUUUGCGGUUCUCCUGAUGACUAGUUUGGAGCAAAUUAAUCGAGAUGCAUUCCAAAGAUUUAAAUUAAGAGUUGGUCUAAAUCACGGACCUGUAAUAGCAGGGGUCGUUGGUGCUCAAAAACCACAAUACGAUAUUUGGGGAAACACCGUAAACGUAGCUUCCAGAAUGGACUCAUGUGGGCUUUUAGGCAAAAUCCAGACUACAGACGUCACAGCAGAAGUUCUAAUGAACGCCGGCUACCAAUGUGAAUGUAGAGGGCCGACAUAUGUCAAAGGAAAAGGUACUUUGACGACCUACUUCGUGAAAACCCCUUUCGAUGAUAAGAAUCAUUGA